AUGGAGGACAUCGCCAUCAUUGGCAUGGCCUGCCGCUUCCCCGGCGACGCCACGACGCCCGAGAAGCUCUGGCAGAUGAUGGUCAACAAGGAGUCUGCUUGGUCCGAAUUCCCCAAGGAUCGUCUCAACAUUGACGGAUACUAUCAUCCGAGCGGCGACCGUCAAGGCAGCAUUUCUUUCAAGGGCGCGCAUUUCAUCAAGAAUGACGUAGCUGCAUUUGACGCGUCGUUCUUCUCAAUCAUGGCCGAAGACGCGAAAGCGAUCGACCCCCAGCAGCGCUUCCUCCUCGAGGUUUCCUACGAGGCACUUGAAAAUGCUGGUCUUCGAACCGAGGAUCUCAAAGGCAGCCCCACGGCUGUCUACGUCGGCUCUUUCGUCAAAGAUUACGAGCAGAUAUGUCUGCGUGACAUGGACUGGCAGCCCCAGUAUGCUGCAACUGGCACCGGAAAUGCCAUCAUGGCCAACCGUGUCUCUUACACAUAUGAUUUCAAGGGCCCGAGCAUGACUCUCGACACCGGCUGCAGCGGUAGUUUGGUCGCGGUUCAUCUGGCUGCGCAAGCCCUCCGCACUGGUGAUUGCGAUUUGGCUCUCGCUGCUGGCGCUGGCUUGAUUCUUACGCCGAACACCAUGAUGCCCAUGACUGCUCUCAACUUCCUCAGCCCCGAUGGCAAGUGUUUCGCUUUCGACUCCCGCGCCAAUGGCUAUGGUCGUGGAGAGGGUAUUGGCUUCGUCGUCUUGAAGAAGAUGUCUCAUGCUCUCAGAGACAACGAUACCAUCCGAGCCGUCAUUCGCGGCACCCACGUCAACCAAGAUGGUCUCACUACAGGCAUCACGCUUCCCAGCAAGGAGGCUCAGGUCGCCAACAUCCGCAGUCUUUACUCGAAGUACAACCUUGAGAUGCAGCAGACCGCCUUCGUCGAGUGUCACGGCACCGGAACCCAGGCCGGAGAUUUCAGAGAGCUCAGCGCCAUCUCGGAGACACUUGCUGCCGACAGAUCGAAGGACAAGCCCAUCUUUGUCGGUUCUGUCAAGACGAACAUUGGCCAUUUGGAGGGUGCUGCAGGAGUCGCUGGCCUGAUCAAGGGCGUCCUGCUCACCGAGAAGGGACAGAUCCCUCCCAACAUCAACUUCAAAAAGGGAAAUCCCAAUAUCGACUUCGAGAACUGGAAGGUGAAGGUGCCCACCGAUCUUACCAGCUGGCCGGUCGACGGCCCUCGCCAAGUCAGUGUGAACUGCUUUGGCUUCGGCGGUACGAACGCUCAUGCUGUUCUUGACGAGCCCUCGCGUUACUUUUCCGCUCGCAAGAUCGUGGGAAACCACAACUCUACCAUUGACGCUGAUUCUAGCCUUCAAUCUAACCCUGUUGCUCCCAGUGGCCCUCAGCUCUUCGUGUUCUCGUCAAACGAGCGCAAUGGUGUUUCACGCGUCAUGAGCACGCAUGCUCAGCACAUCGGCUGUGUUCCCAAGCUGCCUCAGUCUGAUGCCAACGACUAUGCCUACACGCUUGCAUGCCGUCGCUCCGUCAUGGAGUGGAAGGACUUUGUUGUCGCGAAUGGCCAAUCCGAGUUGAUCAAGAAGCUUGCCACCAGAAAGGAUCAAGAUUACAUUCGAUCAAACCGCGACAGCAAGCUCAAGAUCGCAUUCAUCUUCUGUGGACAGGGUGCCCAGUGGCCUCAGAUGGGACGCGAGCUCAUGUCCUUUGGUCCAUUCAAGGCCAGUCUCGAGGCUGCCGCUGCUUACAUCAAGACCCUUGGUAGCGACUUCGACCUCAUCGAGGAGAUUAUGAAGGACAAGCAGGAAUCACGCAUCCAAGAGCCUCAGAUCUCGCAACCUGCCACGACCGCCAUCCAGGUAGCGCUGGUCGAUCUUCUCCGUGCUUUCAGCAUCGCCCCCAGCAGUGUCGUCGGUCACUCUUCUGGCGAGAUCGCGGCAGCAUACGCGUCUUCUUGCAUUGAUUCGGAGACUGCCUGGGCGUUGGCCUACCACCGUGGCUACAGCGCUUCACUCCUUCAGACUAAUCCGCCUCAGAUCAAGGGCAAGAUGUGCGCUGUGAGAAUGUCUUGCGAAGAUGCUCAGCGUUACCUCGAGGACAAGGCUCAGCGCAGAGAUCUCGGCAUUGCCUGCGUGAACAGCCCGACCUCAGUGACGAUCUCUGGCAGUGCCGGCGACAUCGAUUGGUUGCGAGACGAGUUGAAGAAAUGUCAGGUUCUCUGCAAAAUCCUGGAUGUUGACAUUGCUUACCAUUCCCGCCACAUGAAGCUGGUCGAGGAGGACUACAAAGAACACAUCAAGCACACUCACACGACUGAUUCUCCUACCGGAGUCCAAUUCUUUUCUUCGGUCCAAGGCCGUCUUGUUCAGGGCAGCUCUCUCGGAUACUCAUACUGGGCAGAGAACCUGGUUUCUCCCGUUCAAUUUGUCGAAGCUGUCAAAUCCUUGAUGGAGUCUGAUCAUCAGCCGGACCUGCUCAUUGAGCUCAGUCCCCACGGCACUCUUGAGUCGGCCCUUUCUGAGAUCAUCGACGCGCACAGUCACAACAUCAAGCCGGCGUACUUGCCGCUUAUGCGUCGCUUGAAGGAUGCUUCUGUCACGGCUCUCGAGGCUAUCGGCGGUGUUUGGGCGCGGGGAUACCCGGUUGAUAUGCUGAGUGUCAUAUCGAAGGGCAACGCCACGGGUUCGUACAAGACGCUCGUCAAUCUGCCUUCAUACCCUUGGAAUCACCAGAAGCAGUUUUGGCACGAGUCCCACACCUGCACUGAGCAUCGAUUCCGCAACUUUGGCCGCGAAGACCUCAUCGGAGCUCCCUCCCCUGACGCCACCACGUUCGAGCCUCGCUGGAGAGGAUUCUUCCGCAUUGCUGAGAAUCCUUGGGUGCAAGACCACCGCGUCCAGAAGACCAUCGUAUACCCAGCUGCGGGAAUGGUGACCAUGGCCCUCCAGGCUGCCAGCCAAUUGUCGAUGGACAUGACCGACGUGCUUGGCUUCCAAGUCACCAACUUGCGCAUCGAGCGAGCCAUGAUCAUCCCGUCCACCGCCUUCGGACUCGAGUACUCGCUCAACCUGAAGCAGAUUACAACGAAGCACGAAGCCGACCCCGAGUGGGAGUUUUCCAUCUACUCGAAGCAGGAACAGGGCGCCUGGAUUCGACACGCUGACGGUCAUGUCAAGAUUCGACGAAGCACCACUGCGUCUCCUCUUUCUACGGGUGGCAGCAAGGAGAAGUACUCCGAGUUUCAGGCGCUGUGCGACAAGUCGCUUCCUCCGCGUCAGCUGUACGAAAUCCUGGAUGUCGUGGGUCUGAACUACGGCCCCUGCUUCCAGAACGUCGUCUCCAUCUCGACCUACCGCAACUCUUGCAUCAGCAAGGUCCGAGUUCCGGAUACGAAGUCCAAGAUGCCCUGCAACUUUGAGUACGCCCACGUCAUUCACCCGGCGACGCUUGACUCGAUGUUCCAGACGCUCUUCGCCAUCGACAGCAAGCCCAUGGUCCCGUCCAUUAUUGACAGCAUCUUUGUGGCCGCCAACGUCUCGCGCGACAUCGGUUACGAGUUCACCGGAUACGCCACAGCUGAGAGAUUGGGUCUUCGUGACGCCAAGGGAUCCAUCACCAUGGUCUCUGGCCAGGACGGCUGGGACUCACCUUCUGUCGUUGUCGAAGGCUUGCACCUCACAGCCCUCGCGACUCCUUCGGUUGAGGACGGCGGCUUCAUCCCCAACCACCGCAACCUGUGCUCCGAGAUCGUCUGGAAGGAGAAUUGCGUGACGUCUACCACUGAAGACUUCGACCACAUGCUUUCACUGGCGGCGCACAAGUACCCCUCUCUUGCUGUGCUGCAGUGCGGCGGUAGCGAGCAACUGGCCAAGCACGUCUUGGAGGUCCUGUCUGAAGGCGGCGCCCCCCGCGUGUCUCGCUACACUGUCCUUGAUGGUUCGACAUUCUCUGUCCUGAAGAAGAAAUGCGAGCAUUCCUCAGCAUUGAACGUUUUGGAGCAGCGCAACUGGCCCGGCGACAAGGAGAAAUUUCCCAGAUACAACAUCGUCAUCACCGCCAAAGAUUCUAGUGUUGACCAAGAGGACGCAUUCAACCUUCUUGCUCCAGAGGGUCUGCUCCUCAACGAAGUCUCGCACCUCGCUUGCGAUGAGGGAACGGAUGACUUGGAUGAACUCAUUCAACCAGCAGAUGCUCACCAUCUCCGCGCUACGUACGAGCUAGAGGCGGACGGUGCCAUGAGCCCGUGGGUAAUCGAGCAGCACUUCGAGGCGCGCUUCUUUGUCAACAAAGUCGAUAUGGCUUUGGCGGGCGAGGUUGUCAUCAUUGUCCCCGACGAUGUCGUUCUAGAACUUGUAGGUCUUGUCAACGCUCUUAUCCAGCUCUUCCUCGACAAAGGCUUCAAGGUCAUCAUCAGCACUGUGUCUAAUGUCGAAACCUUUUACGGCAAGAACUGCAUCUCUCUUGUUGAGGUCUGCGACAACUUUGUGUACAACUGGACCGAGGAGCAGUUCAACGACUUCCACAAGCUGCAAGAGACCGCCAAGAGUGUCUUGUGGGUUACUCGUUCGGCGAACCGUCAUCCUACGGAUCCUCGCAACGCGCCCAUCAUUGCCCUUGCUCGAACAAUCCUGUCUGAAGACCCCCAGAAGACUAUUGUCACUCUUGAUCUCGACGCAGAUACCUCCAUCGACUCGGCUUCGCUGCCGCAUACUAUCUGGACCGUUGCAGAGUCGAUCCUGACGAAGUGCCAAGAGGCUGAAUUCGCCGAGGAAGACGGCAAGCUCUACAUCCCGAGACUCAUGCCCCUGAAGGCGCUGAACAAGCUGAUCGAGAGCGAGUCGCGCAUUCAGCUGGAGAACGUGCAGGUUUUCGACCCGCCUGCUGUCAAGACUUCUUACGAGAUGGUCAUCUCCAAGCCCGGUAUCGCCGCCGACAGCUUCCAUUUCGUCGAGAACCGCUUCACGUCGCCUCUUGGCCAGCACGAAGUCGAGAUCAGAACCGUGAGCGCCUCUCUGUCUAGCAACGACCUUCAGACUGCCAUGGGUCGCACGACCGAAGUCAAGCUUGGUCUCGACGUCAUGGGUGUUGUCACCAGAGUUGGAUCCGCCGUGAAAGACUACCAUCGCGGCAAGCAGGUUAUGGCCAUCGUCCCCGGUGCCUUCAAGUCGGUUCAUCGCGUUGAUCAGAAGCUUGUCAAGUCUGUGCCGCUCCCCAUCGAGCGUUGUCACUUCACUCCGAGUGGCUUCAUCGCUGCCUCCUACGCUCUUCAGACCAUCGGUCGUCUGUCUUCGAAGAAGAAGGUUCUUAUCCACGCAGGUGCCAGCGCGUAUGGCCAAGCCGCUCUUCGCAUUGCGAGCCAAAUUGGCGCUGAGAUCUUCGCGACUGUUCUCAAUGAUACUUCGGGUGACCAGCGAAAGACCCUUGGAGACGCUCACGGUCUGCCUGAGGACCACAUCCUGAAUGCUAGCUCGGAGUCAUUCGUUGCUGAUGUUCUUGCCACUGGCAAGGUGGAUGUCGUCUACAACCCGACUCAAGAGCACAUCGUGAUGAACGCAAAGUGUGUCAAAGCAUCGGGAUGCAUCAUUCAGCUCGCGGACAAGACUGGAUCGGCUGUCCAAGCCCCUAUCUCGACCACCACGUUCGUCAAGCUCGACCUAAGUGUACUCCUCGAGGAAGACCCCGAGCUCGUCAUGGAACUCUUCCAGCACGUCGACCAGCUCAUGCCGAAGCGCAUGCCAAAGAACUCCAGCCUCCAGUGCGACCCCGUCCGCCGCUUCGACAUGUCCGACUUCGAGAGCGCCUUCAAGCACGUGGACAAGGAGCCUUACCUCGGCCUGACCGUGAUGGAAGCCAAGCCUGAGACCUGUGUCCCCGUGGCCAAGGAGAUGCACACCAAGUCGCUUGCCUCGGUCAUCGAGCCCGACGGCACUUACGUCCUCGCAGGCGGUCUUGGAGGUCUUGGACGCAGCAUCGCCAAGCUUCUUGCAGACAACGGCGCCAAGAAACUGGUGUUCCUGUCGCGUUCUGGUGGCGGACCUGAUGCUGAGGCUUUUCUGAAGAGCCUGAAGGGUGUUUCUGCUCGUUCUAUCGCGGUGGAUAUCAUGGAUACGGAUGCUCUGAAGCGCCUUGUGCCUGAACUUGGAAAGGUUUCUGGAGUUGUUCAGUGUGCUGCUGUGAUUCAAGACGCUCUGUUCGAGAAGAUGACCCACGCCGACUGGACUACUGCUUUUGGACCCAAGGCCGUUGGCGCCUCCAACCUCGUCGACGUCUUCGGCACCGACCCCUCCUCGCCCUCGCCCGCCCCUGCCCCUUGGUUCUUAUUCCUCUCCUCCGCCUCUGGAAUAAUCGGAAACCGCGGCCAAGCCAACUACGCCGCCGCCAACGCUGUCCAGGACGCCCUCGCCCACAGCGUCCCCCGCGCCUCGUCCCUCGACCUGGGCCCCGUCCUCGAGGCGGGGAUGCUAGUCGGGGACGAGGAGACCCUCGGAAAGCUCCGGGGCGCCGGCUUCUACGGCAUCCGCCACGACGACUUUAUCGAGAUGGUCUCUCGCGCCAUCACCGGCGAAGUCGUCCCCGGCGUCCGCACGCCCCCCCAGAUCGUCUCUGGCGUCGGCACCGGCGGCCUCAUCCGCCAGAACAACCCCGGCGACCCCUUCUGGUCCCGCACCGCCAUGUACUCGUACAUGAACACCGUCGACAUUCCGGUAACCGCGCCGGACGACAACGCCGGACAGGGCCCUGGCGAGGACGACGUCAAGAGGAUGCUGGCCAAGUGCGGCGGACGGGAGGAGGCGGCGGUCAUCAUCACCGCUGGCCUGGUCCAGCUCUUGGCGAAGGCCAUGAGCCUCCUCCCGGAGGAGAUUGAUCCGGAGAAGGCGCCCAGCGCGUACGGCGUCGACUCCCUCGUUGCCGUUGGCAUUAGGAAUUAG